AUGCCGAAGAAGAAAAAGCAAAAGACAAAACACUCGACCGCGGGAGAGCUCAGCCAAGCCGAGAUAUGGGACGAUUCAGCGCUGAUUCGGUCUUGGAACGACGCUGUCGCAGAGUACGAGUAUUACCACAGCAUUCACGCACGCGGCGAAGACGUGGAAGAGAUCCUGCGCAAGGCCGAGAUGGGCGAAUUUGACGACCAGGACGAACAUGGCGACACCGCCGUCGACUCUGGAAGACAGGUAUCUGGGGAGUGGCGACCUGUUCAUCCAGAAGCACCGGCCAAGGCUGUGGCCGCCGCCGAGAAUGAAAAUACCGAUGCUGUUCCUGAUGUCAGGGCUGAGAGUGAUGGGGCGAAUGGCGUGGUUGGCGUGAGCUCGUAUCACAGUGACGGUGCCCAAGCAGGAGAUCAGCACAGUCUCGAGGAGAAACGAAAGGAGGCCAUGGACCAAUUCAAAUCCAUUGUAGGCGAGCCAGAAGGACAGCAAGAGAAUCCGAGACAACCGUCAACAACUACCACCACUACUCCGGCUUUAGGACCCAACUUGCCGCCGGCCACCGAAAUUGCAAAUGGACAAGUUCCAGCAACCACAACCAAUCCCUCACAAGAGCAAACGCUCGAAAACAUCAAGAUGGCAUAUUAUUGGGCCGGGUACUACUCUGGGCUGUAUGAUGGCCAACGGCAAGCCCAGGCUCUUGCUGAGACUCAGCGCGGAGGCCAGACGCAAUAA